CAGAAACAAGCCCAUUUGCAAGCUGUAUCUUCCUCUGCAUUUUCUCUCUGCAUUAACGCUUUACUUUCAGCUUUUAUAAGCUAAAAGAAUCAUAUCAAACUCUCACUUUCUACCUAGCCUCCUGCAUUCAUCCAUUCAUUCUUACAUUUAUAUUUUCUAGUUUUUUGGAAAACUAAAAACGAGAGCAUUGUUCCUUCCAAUCUGCGUCAAUGUCCAGGUGGGUUUUUGAUAUUACACGUUUACACUGACCACAAUCCACUUUGCAUUUUGUUUUCUUAAAACUUUUUACAGCAGGGUGAAGAGUAAAACUGGGAAUUCCUAAAAACUGGAACAUUCUUCCUUACAAUAUAUGAAUGUCCAAGUGGGUUUUUGUUUUUGAUGUCAGGAUAGACCAUAAACCAUUUUUUGCAUUCUGUUUUUGGUUUUUGACAAAUAAGCGACAGUAAAACACUGAGAAUUUUCUAAUGGAAUAGGAAUUUAAGCAUAUGGGUUUUGUUGUUGUUGUGGACAUUGUACAUAGAAAAGUAGAAAAGACAAAGAGGGAGGGGCAGAGAAGGAGCCCGAGAAUAUCUGCAUUGGACGCGUGGAAGAUGGCCCCGCGGUCGAGGCCCGUGGAUAUCACUCUCCCUUGCAAGCAGGAAAUGGAGGGUAACUUUCGUGGACCAGCCUCCCGGACGAGGUCCAGGAAGAAGCCAAAACUCAGACCAGUUGAAGAAGUGGGCGGCAGAAAAACCAAUCAUGGAGAUCAUCAAACUGAUACUGAUCAACAGGUUCUGCAGGAUAAAGGUCAACUGUCCAUCCCGUCAUCUGCAACGUGGAUGCCUGAAAAACGUAUACUUGACCUUAUCUUGGACAUAUUACAGAGGAGAGAUACAUAUGAAAUAUUUGCUGAACCAGUUGACCCACAGGAGGUUGAAGACUAUUAUGAAAUAAUCAAAGAACCAAUGGACUUUGGGACCAUGAGGGCCAAACUUCAUGAAGGAAUAUAUAAAAAUCUUGAACAAUUUGAGCAUGAUGUAUUCCUGAUAUCCAAAAAUGCGAUGCAUUUUAAUUCUUCAACUACCAUUUAUUUCAGACAGGCUCGUGCCUUAAAUGAACUAACUAAUAAGGUCCUUCAAGUUCUGAAAACACAUCCUGAGAAUUUCGAAAUAGAAUUCUCAGAGAUGAGACGAAGAAGUAGGAGGAGGCUCCAAACUGAAUCUAAUAAUUCACUUAGUAGCACAAGCCCUCAGAAUGCUACAAAAGUGAAAUCUAGUAGCAUCAUGAUUAAGGAAUCAUCAAAUUUAGUCCCACGUUCAUUUGGCAGCUCUUCAAGCACUAGGAGACAGUUUCGUGUAAAACAUGGGUGCUCUGAUUUUUCUUCUGGUAUUGAUCGUGGUGAAGAAGAAAUUCUUUCUGGUUCAAUUGAUGUUAGAUGUAGAUCUUUUGAAGCAAAUCAGCGUUAUGCAUAUAAACCUAGGUUGUCCUUCCUGAAUGAGGAUGAGUCAAUUGUUUCAACAGUACUCAGCAGCUCAAAACAACUAGAAUUUGUGAGUCAGCCGGAUAUUGGUUACAGGGAAAGCUUAAUGUUGUUUGUUAAAGAUUUGGGACCAACAGCCCUGAUGAUCGCCAAACGGAAGUUACUUGGCUUGUUUAAAGGUCAAUUUUCCACUGCAUGCACUGGAAUCCAAUGGGGACAUAGUAUUCUGGAUACUAUGAACAUCACAUCAAAAUCUCAGAUUUGCCUGGACCAUGUAGCUGAGCAUCAUACUGUCACCAGAAACACCAUUCACAGGACAGAUUCAAGUGAUGCUGAUGAAGGAGAAAAGGCAUACAUGGGUAGGAAAAUUGGCCUUAGUGAUGCUAUGGUUCAAGUACAAUCUGGUAGUGAGAAAAACAAGGCACAUGACACCAUAGGAGAGAAAGUUCACACCAUGAAUGUUAUGACUAUUCCUGGUGUUUGCGGCAGUGAGAAAGUUCAUCCGAAUCAGAGUAAUGGGAUUCAAUUAUCUACAUUUUCCUUGUUCGCUCAUGCUGCAGUUUUUAAUUCCUCCAUUGCUGGGUACAAAAGCACAGACAACAUGUCAACAAUGAUAUUGGAUCCAAGUAAGUUGGAUGAUCAAUCACGAUCACUGGAGUCACCUUCAGAGCAUUCUCAUUCUAAUUUGUCGGGCCCCAAGUUGAAACUUCAUGAUUUGUCGAGUUUUUACCAUGAUAAUGGAGUCAACCCCUCAUCUGAAGGAAGCCAAACCUUGACAUCAGAUCAAUGGAAGUCCCCAACACCCAAGUUCAUUUUUGACCUGCCAUAUUUGAGAGCCAGGCUUGAUCAGAAAAUUUCUUCAGAACAUGAUAGUUUCCUGAAGCAAGAUUCAGGUAUGGAGAUUCCAUUUUUCAACAAAAUGAGCAAUCCCAGAGCUUCGUUUCUUACACAUGGAGUGGAGCUGAAUGCUCAGCCUUAUGGUGAUGAUCAACUGCAAUCUUCAUUGGAUAUUCACCAUAGGAAUUUAGCACUUCAGUUGUAAGAAAACUUGCAUUGUAUAGGACCCAAAAAUUUUCGAAGAAAGGAAAGUUGGUCUUUGAUAUUUCCAUCACCAAAAUGGUUAUUCGUCGAUGUGCUUAAUAAUUGUCAGCUCUCAAAAGUUUCCUUCAUUUGUCUCUUUCAUUACCAUCGUUGUUAUAUUACAGGAUAAAUGAAAAAUGAAAAUUACAGAGAUAUCUUACCAAAAGAUGAUUCAAUUGCAUAGCUGAUCUGAUUUUGCUGAUUAACUUGGUGGGGUGCCCCAAAUGAAGAACAGUAUGCGCUUUAUAUAUGUAUAUAUAUGGAUAUACAUAUAGAUAUUAGACAAUACAAUGCCUCGUUCAUGUCUACAACUCACCAUUGGCCUUGCUUUUGUUAAUGAACGCGGAAUCACUUUUUGGUGUGCUGUUAGGCUGAUUGUGAGUUGUCAAAUUCAUUCCUUGCUUUCAUAAUUAAAACUAAUUGGAUGUG